UGUCCUAAUUGCUCUUUGAAUUUCAUGCAGAGGUUUCUAGACAAGGAAGAGAGAAUGGUAACCUUGAUUCUAAUAUAAAAGGUUCCAACAGAGUUCCAAGUAUGAAGUAUGCAACAUCAGUCGGUCCAACAGCUUCCAAUGAGGGAACAUCCACAUCCGGAGCAGCAUCACAGACAGCAUCUGGUGUGUUAUCUGGAUCAGGAGUGCUCAAUGCAAGACCGCCAGGAAGUACUACAUCAUCAGGUCUAUUAGCUCAAAUGGUUUCUAUGAGUGCUGAUGUUGCACGCGAGUAUCUUGAGAAAGUAGCAGAUCUUCUUUUGGAGUUUGCACAAGCAGACACCGUUGUAAAAUCUCUCAUGUCUAGUCAAAGCCUUCUAGCACGCCUUUUUCAGAUGUUCAACAAGAUAGAAUCUCCUAUUCUUCUGAAGAUUCUUAGGUGCAUAAAUCAUUUGUCUGGUGACCCCAAUUGUCUAGAGACACUUCAACGCACAGAUGCUAUCAAGCAUCUCAUACCAAUUCUUGAACUUCGUGAUGGACCUCUUAUUUAUCAAAUACAUAGCGAGGUCCUCAAUGCUCUGUUCAACCUUUGUAAGAUCAAUAAAAGAAGACAGGAACAGGCAGCUGAAAAUGGGAUCAUCCCUCACUUGAUGAAAUUUGUCAUGUCAGAAUCACCCCUAAGGCAGUAUGCUCUGCCUCUGCUUUGUGAUAUGGCUCAUGCUUCUCGCAACUCUAGAGAGCAGUUGAGGCUUCAUGGAGGGUUGGGUGUGUACUUGAACCUGUUGGAGGACGAUGCAUGGGCAUGUACUGCUUUAGAUUCCAUUGCUGUUUGCUUGGCUCAUGACAAUGAUAGCAGAAAAGUAGAACAAGCCUUGUUGACGAAUGAGGCCAUCCAGAAGUUGGUGAACUUUUUCCGAGACUGCCCUGAACAGUAUUUUGUCCAUAUACUGGAUGCUUUUCUCAAGAUAAUCACGAAAUCAUCUCGGUUAAAUACGGCAAUAGCCACAAACGGAUUGACGACAUUGCUUAUUGCAAGGCUUGACCAUCGAGAAGCUAUUGCGCGGUUGACUCUGCUGAAACUAAUCAAGGUUGUCUAUGAGCACCAUCCUCGACCAAAGCAGCUCAUAGUGGAGAACGACCUUCCCCAAAAGCUACAAAACCUAAUCGAAGAGCGCAGGGAUGGGCAGCGUGGUGGUCAACAAGUGUUGGUCAAACAAAUGGCCACCUCGCUGUUGAAAGCAUUGCACAUCAAUACAGUCUUGUGAUCUCCGGCCACCUUGUAAUUUUCCUCUCAAGUUGUACAUGUUUGCCCUGGAGGAAAAGCUUUUCUUUCUUUUUCUUCCUAGCUGUUGAUUUCCCUUGUCAUCAGCACCAGACAGCUUGUUGCACCUGCUCCCUCUUUUAUCGGGAAAAAGGUUCGACGGUCUGGUGCAAGAUAAUGGGGUUUGUAAAUCCAUGCAUGGUUGCACUUGUUUGUGCUUAGCGUUGCCUUUAGUGUAAUUGGUUUGUAUGACCUGUCUGAAAGUUUCAAUAGGACAGUUGGUGUAGACUUAUUUGUGUCAGCAUCUUCAGUUAGUGAAAUUUUAACUCCA